AUGGCUAAAACCACCAUCCUUGCUAUUUUCAUGGUUGUUCUUAUUUUAGGGACGGUGAAGGAGUCACAAGGACAAGAAAUGUGUCAUGAUGAGAUAAAAGUACAUGGAGUUUGUGAAAAUAAACCAUGUAAGGUGCAGUGUAAAGCCAUGCAUCGUAAUGGAUAUGGCUUCUGCGUAAAAGGACGCAUAAACUGCUUCUGCACUUAUCCUUGUACAUCUUAA